GAGCAUAUUGAAAUCAUUCGCCAGAAGUACAAACGACAUGAGGGAUGGCUCGUGCCCUUUCCUUGGUGCGAAGAAUUUCAGUUUCAACUAAGCGAUAUUUAUAUACGGCUUCGUAUGGUCAGCAGAGAGAAAAAAGCGAGAGCAACAGCGCAGCAACGAGUUGUUGAAACGACUGAAAUCUUCAAACCCCACGAAGAAUGUAAACAACCCAGAAAAGUAUUGAUUGAAGGAAAGCCAGGCAUGGGAAAGACGACAUACUGCAAUAAGGUUACUUACGACUGGGCUAUAAACAUGAAAAACAAAGAAGACUGCUUUCCGGAAUUUGAGAUGGUGCUUUUGGUGAGAUGCCGUGAUGUCGACAUCGAGUCCGACCUUUGGGGAGCCAUUGACGAUCAGCUUUUGCCAGGUGAAAUUCUCCAAAAUGAAAGAGAGAAAUUCUUCGAGUUUAUUAGGCAAAAUCAAUCAAAGGUUCUACUGAUACUUGACGGAUUAGACGAGUUACCUUUAAGCAAACUGCCGGAGUUUACCGAAAUCAUACAAGGUAAAAUGCUUCCUCUAUGUUACCUUGUGGUUACAGCGCGACACGAGGCUGGGAUACCUGUGCGAAAAAUUUGUGACACUCUGCUAGAGAUUAAAGGUUUCAGUUAUGAAGAUAGCAAAGAAUUUAUUCACAAAUAUUUUGCUGGCAAGAAAGAUUUGGCUGAAAAGCUCUUGGACAAAAUUAAAAAUGAGGAAAGGCUUAAAGAAAUGACGGGGAACCCGUUAAACACAGCACUGCUUUGCCUUCUUUGUGAAGAAUUUCAAGGUAUUUUACCUGAAAGCAGAACUCAGUUGUACUUGGAAAUAGCACACUGUGUUCUUAUUAGAUACAGGAAAAAGAAAGGUCUUCCAUUCGAAAAUGAGGAUCUGAUUGAAAUCUACAAUGAUCAGUUGAAAUUCCUCGGCUCGAUAGCGUUAAACGGCCUGUAUGAUGACAACAUGUACUUUGAGGACAAAAGGCUUUCAAGUGAAAAUGCCGACGUACCUGAAUUUGGCUUUCUGUCAGCUCAACCUGGAAGCAGCAAACGAAGGCCGUGUCUGUGCUACGGCUUUACGCAUAAGAGUUUUCAAGAAUUCUUCGCAGGAUAUCAUCUUUGUUACCAGCUUGUUAGCAAAGACAUCAGUCCCUAUAUAUUAGUCACUGACACAAGAUAUUUCCGAGAGCUGAGAGAGGUAUUAAAAUUUACCUGUGGUCUGCUAGCAGUGCGAUCUGAAGAAAGUGCAGUAUCCCUUAUCCUCUGCAUAGCGAAUGAGGUAAACGAAGAAAAGGGAGAGAAUGUUUACCUGUUGCGCUGGAGUGCAUAAAAGAAUGCAAAAUUGAAAACCGCUGUUUUCAUAUAGAACUGGCACAUUACUUUGGCACAUGUCUGGAACUUCAAGAGCUUGAUCUUGCGGAUAAUGAUCUUUAUAAAUUGGAAAGUAUAGGUGAUGCUGAUGCUGCUGUGCUUGCUGUCGCGCUUGAAACAAACACAACCCUGACAAAUUUGAAUUUGGCUCACAAUAACCUUGGUUUUGCUGGUGCUGAGUCACUUGCUGCAGCGCUUAAAACAAACACAACUCUGACAAAUUUGGAUUUGUCUUGGAAUAACCUUGGUCCUGCUGGUGCAGAGUUACUUGCUACAGCGCUUAAAACAAACACAACUCUGACAAAUUUGAAUUUGUCUCGUAGUAAACUUGGCCCUGCUGGUGCUGAGUCACUUGCUAAAGCGCUUAAAACGAACACGACUCUGACAAAUUUGGAUUUGUCUGGCAAUAACCUUGGUCCUGCUAGUGCUGAGUCACUCGCUACAGCGCUUAACAUUAGCUCAACUUUGAGGAAUGUGAAUUUGUCUGACAAUAACGUUGGUCCCACCGUUGCUGAGUCACUUGCUACAGCGCUUAAAACAAACACAAGUCUGACAAAUUUGAAUUUGUCUGUCAAUAACCUUGGUUCUGCCGGUGCUGAGUCACUUUCUACAGCGCUUAAAACAAACACAACUCUGAGAAAUUUGGAUUUGUCUGGCAAUAACCUUGGUCCUGCCGGUGCUGAGUCACUUGCUACAGCGCUUAAGACAAACACAACUCUGACAAAUUUGAAUGUGUCUUGGAAUAACCUUGGUCCUGCUGGUGCUGAGUCAUUAGUUACAGGGCUUGAAACAAACACAACUCUGACAAAUUUGAAUUUGUCUCGCAAUAAACUUGGUCCUGCCGAUGCUGAGUCACUUGCUAAAGCACUUAAACCGAACACGACUCUGACAAAGUUGGAUUUGUAA